CCCUGAAUAUCUUAAUCAAUCCCCACAGUUAUUUGCUUUCUAUAAUAAUACCGCAUUUCACUUUGACCCUUUAUAUAUCUCUUUCUCUUUUCUUCUUUCUCCAAUUCACACACCAAAACAAACAGCUCCUCAGAAACUCUGUUGCUAUACUUUCCAUUUUCCUAUUUUACCCCUAAAACUCUCUCUCAAUUCAAUGUUCACCUCUUCCUCUUUAACCCUAAAUCCCCCAAUCUACGCCGCCGCCACGACGCCACUCCUUUCGUCACCGAAAUCUCCACUUUCUCCUCCUUUUCCUCUUUCUCCUCGUCCUCUAUCAACCGCCGCAUCUCUCCGGAGGAUGACCGUCACCGCCGCCUCAGUCUCAACAUGUCUCGAAUCAGUCCCGGUCAACUCGCGCAGAGCUAUGAGCUUAUACGAGAUUCUCCGAAUCAAGCAAACGGCGUCCUUGAUGGAGAUCAAAACAGCAUAUAGAAGUCUCGCGAAGCUAUAUCAUCCGGAUGCGGCCGUCCGCGAAGAUGUCGAAACUGACGGUCGUGAUUUUAUGGAGAUCCACAACGCUUACGAGACUCUGUCGGAUCCGGCUGCGAGAGCGCUUUACGAUUUGUCUCUUGAUGCGGCAUCUAGGAGAAGGAGACCGGCUGUUGGUUUUACUGGCGGGUACUACCCGACCCGGAGAUGGGAAACGGAUCAGUGCUGGUAGAAAAGUAGAUUUUUGACUUGAAGGUUAAAAAUGACAAUGUCUCACAAAUCUAAUCGAAUGAUUUUCCUUUUUUUUCUUAACCUUUUCUUUUUUUCAUUCUUUAGGAGUUUUAGUUUAACGUGUAAACAUGUCACUGACGUGGCAAUGUGUAGAGAGAUUUUUUUAGUGUAUAUUCUACACUUUUUUUCUUUUUGCCUCUAUGAGGAUGACAAAGAAAAUUCAAAAAAAAAAAGGAAAAGUAGGAAAGUAAAUAUUUCUUAUUGA